AUGUCCGCCGUGAGGGAGGUGCACCGCUUGGAGGAGCAGCACUGGUCGGAGGGCUGGAGCGUGCAGCUGCGGGGCGUGCCUGGGCACCCCGAGCUGCGGGGGCGCCGGGCGCUCACCCGCGGCCUCGAGGCCGCGGAGGGCGGCCACCGCCGCUUCGUGGUGGAGGUGGAAAGCGCGGCUGGCGCGGUCUGCUACUCCGUGCCCCUCGAGCAGCUCGCGUGGCCGUUCGGGGACCAGGUCGGCGGCAACGGCUCCGCCGGCGGCGGCAGCGCCACUCCCGCCGUGACCGCCGCCCUGGAGGCCGCGCGGGCCUUCUUCCGGCCAGGGUCGCAGUUCCGGGGCACCAUUGCGAUCCCCGGGAUGGCGACGUCCAGCGGCGGGGAGGACGCGGAGGCCAGCCGGCGCCGGGAGUACACGCUUGAGGUGGUGGAGGAGUCCGUCGACGAGCUGGGCGGGCGCUCGCUGAUGGCGAGGCACGCCGCCUAUGAGGACGUGCAGACCUGCCACAUCGCGUUCGAGGCGGUCGAGGCGCCAGGGCAGCCGGUCAGGGUCAAGGUUGUGUUCGCAGACGGCGAAACUUGCUGCGAGGGCACCAUCGGGCCCGACCAGCUGGAGGACGACGGCUGCGCGUUCCGGGGCAAGGUGAUGCAGUUGGUGCAGGGCGAGGAGGGCUUCUACGAGCGGUCGACGGAGGUGACGCACUUCUUCGAGCUGUUCCGCAUCACGUCGUGCGAGGUGGAGGCCGAGCGCGCGCGGCGCAUCGAGCAGGCCCGGCGGCGACGACUCGAUGCUGUAAGCGCCUGGGCCCAGGAGCCCCGAGGCGAGCGCCUGGGCGAGGAGGAGCGGAGCGGCCUGCGCGGGCUGCCGUGGGGGGACAUUAUCCACCGCGACGCUGUGCACCGCUACGAGGACGUUUGCGCCAGGCUGCGGAGGCAGAGUGCCCUCCUCGACUCGCUAGCCUUCGCUACGCGGGAGGAGAAGGAGCAGGUGCUGGCCGGCCUCAGGGACGCUGGCGUGUGCCGCGCGGCCGCCCACGAGGCCACCGACGCGGUUAUGGCGUUGAUUCGGAACUUGGUGAGCCUGUGUGUGCCACUCAUGCUGGUGGACGGCCGACAGGUCCGCGAGCUGCAGGUGUUCGUGCUCAAGGGCAGGCAGAGAAUCGCCAGGAGCUACUCCCAGCUGGACCAGUCCCUCCGCAGCGCAGAGGCGCGCCCCCCCCGUGACGUGCUGGCGGGCUGGCUGCGCCCCCCGGGCGCGGGCGCAGACCCCUGCUCCGUGUGCUUUCUGGCGCUGGAGGCCAGCGCCGAGUCGGUGCGACUCCCGUGCGGCCACUGGUUCCACCUGGGCUGCAUCUCGCAGUGGCUGCACGCCAGGGCCACCUGCCCGAACUGCCGCGUCGCCCUGGACGCGGGCUGCCCCGAUGGAAUGUUGUACUCGCCUCUGGGGAAGUUCUGGACUUGCUUGGGAUCUUUCCCACGGCGGUUGUACGGCUUGUUGCCGACGCUGCUCGCGGCAUGUCUGACGUUCGUGAGUUCGAAGCUCGCGAGGGAACUGGCGGGCCUCGCGUGCAUGGGGGAGGAGCUCGGUAGCGCCCGACCGCGGGCUUUUUCCGCGAUGGAGGGGGACAGCGACGCGGGUUCCUCGGCCGCCGGCGAGGACGAGGUCGAAGGCUCGCACGAGCUGGUGGCCGUGGACUUGGACUUCGCCUUCGUGGGCGAGUGUCUCUCGGAUGCCCACGCCUCGCACGCCAGCUCCCGCCCCGUGGUUCUCUGCGGCCGCGGAGGCUCGGGACGCGCGGCGGCGGCCGCGCACGGCUCCAGGAGCGAGGUGCCCGCGGCCAGCGGCACCAGGAGCCACAGGGCCGCCCAGAUGCGCGUGCACCAGGGCGGGGGACCGCUGCGCGCUGCAGCGCCGCGGCUGGCGCGCGCUGCCAGGAAGAGCCUCCCCGCCAACACCGCCGACACGGCCCGGCUCGCCGUGGCGUUCAUCGGGGCCGCGUGCUUGCCCGCCAACAACGUCGUCGGCUCCAAGUACAUCGCGGUCGAGGUCCAGCGGGCGCCAGACCGCAGCAUCGCCUCGUCCACGCCCGACGUCACCUGCAGGGCCGACGAUUACGAGAAGGGAAGCCUUGACCGCAUCGACAGCAUCUACGCCAAGAGCUACCCCGAUGACGCCCCAAAUGGCACCGCACAGGCUCCAGGCGUCUCUGCCCUGGCAGCACAGGCCGUCAAGCUUUGCGACGAGGAGGGGCCCGAGAGGUGCGAGGCUUAUGAGGGCGAGAGCGAGAAUGCGGAGAAUCACCCCGAGGCUGUGCCGCACGAGGAUCGGGGCCCGGCCGCGGAUCGGCCGCUCGGCCCGUCGGGGCCGCUGCCUGGCGCCACGGCACUCCGAGGCCUGCGGUGCGCGGCUGCGCUUGGCCGCGUUCGCGCAACUGCGGCCGCGGCGCUGGCCUUCAGCAUUGAGCGCCGUGCGCGCGCGAUGGAGCCAGAGUGGGCCAGGUUCGCCUUCGGUGGGCUGCUUCGUGCCCUCCAGGGCUGCUGCGCGCUGGACGCGCCCGGCCGCGACGGCGAGAUGGUCGUUCAACCGCCCGACCAGUUGGCCGCGCGCCGCGGCUGGCCGGACACGGUGGGCUUCGCCGGGGGGCCGCCGCGCGAGCCGGCUGCUGCCGCGGCGGUCGGCGGUGCCGGGAAGGCGGACGCCGCCGAAAGAGGUCGCGGCUGGCCGGCCGCGGCGAGCUUCGGUUCGGCGCCGCCGAAUGGCGCGCCGGCAGAGGUCGCGCGGCGGCGAGCCGACGAGCCCGACCAGGGGGCUGACCGCCACCAGGCGGACGCCUGCCCGGACGCGGCGUGUGCGGCGGCCUGCUGUCGAGGAGCCGGUGGGGAGUUUCCCGACGAGGUGCGGGGAGGACUCGACGAGUGCGACGUGUCGGGCCUGCGGGAGCUGAUGAGGCAGUUCGUGCGGGAGGCUGUCUUCGGGAGGGCCGUGGACGUCGUCGUGCCGGGCGAGGGCACGGAGAGCGGGUGCCUCAGGCUGACGGAGGACCUCAGAUUUCUGCAGCUGGAAACGCGAGGAGUUGUCCACGAGAUCCCGGUGAAGAGCGUGAGUGACGUGCGUUCUGGUGAGCUCCCAGGCCCCUGCUCGACCGCCGUCAGGCCGGACGAGCUGUGCAGCACCAUCCUCAUGAAGAACGGGGAGUGCGUGACGUUCGGAGGCCACGCAGAGCGGGACACGUUCACCAAGUGCGCCAAGACCCUCACGAUCGCUUCGCACCUGUAACUAAUUCAAUUCGUCAUAGGGUGGGGGCGUUGGGUCAUGAAAGUUUCCCAGAAGGGCGGUGCCCGCGGACAGUCACGCUUGCCCAUUCCCCCCUGCCUCCUGCUCCUCCUCCCCCGUCCUCUUUUUUCCAUCCCGCUUCGCUUGGGAGAGAGCCAACUCCUCCACCGUAUGACGUCGUCGAAGUAAUUAUGUUGCUUGUGCCGAAUAGCGUCGCCCAUUCGGGCCGCUUGAGCGAUUUUCUGUAGAGAUGCGAUGGGCUUGCGCUCGGAGGCUGCCCAGAGCUACGCUGCUGACGCGGCUAAUGUAGCCUGGCCUGCCUUUUGUGUCGGCGAGGA